GCCAAACCAAGGUGCAUUAUAAUACAAGAGGACACACCCUUAAGGAGAAACAUCAUACACAUUUUCAGUUUCAUAGAGAGAAAAAAAAGUAAAAAGAGUCAAUAUUAUAUCUUUUCAAUUAUAUUCUACAAUCUUCUUAUUCUUCUAAGCUUUGUAUUUCAUUGAGAAGCUAGCCAAAAAGAAUAUGGCUACUAUGGGGCAUGGUUUGAACCUGAAGGAGACUGAGCUUUGUCUGGGUCUGCCUGGUGGUGGCGGCGGCGGCGGUGGAGGUGGCUCUGAGGUGGAAACUCCAAGGGCUUCUGGAAAGAGAGGUUUCUCUGAGACAGUUGAUCUGAAGCUUAAUCUUCAAACCAAGGAAGAUCUGAAUGAGAAGAGUGCUUCAAAGGAGAAGACCCUCCUUAAGGACCCUGCUAAGCCACCAGCUAAGGCUCAAGUAGUUGGUUGGCCACCAGUGAGGUCAUACAGGAAGAACAUGAUGGCACAAAAGGUUAACAAUACUGAGGACACUGAGAAGACAACAAGUAACACUACUGCUGCUGCUUUUGUUAAGGUUUCCAUGGAUGGAGCACCUUACCUUCGUAAGGUUGACUUGACAAUGUACAAAACCUACAAAGAUUUAUCUGAUGCCUUAGCCAAAAUGUUCAGCUCCUUCACCACUGGUAACUAUGGGGCCCAAGGAAUGAUAGACUUCAUGAAUGAGAGCAAGUUGAUGGAUCUUCUUAACAGCUCUGAGUAUGUGCCAACCUAUGAAGAUAAGGAUGGCGACUGGAUGCUCGUGGGAGAUGUCCCAUGGGAGAUGUUUGUUGGAUCAUGCAAGCGUCUUCGCAUAAUGAAAGGAUCAGAAGCUAUUGGACUUGCACCAAGAGCAAUGGAGAAAUGCAAAAACCGAAGCUGAAUUUGGUCUAAAUACAUAUCAUAUCCUCCUAUAUCGAAGUCCCGUACCAAAGUGGACCUAUAUGAAAAGAUAUAUGAAGCACUACCUGUGGAUUGGAGUGUUAGUUUGGAUGUGUCUUCACUGUUUUUGUUUUGUUCGUAUAUAGAUUCAAACUUUAAUUUUAAGUAUUUGUAAUCGACAAGAAGCAAUAAACUUAACCACCUAUAUACUAUUGUAGUUUGCCUUGUUUAAUUAUUAUUAUUAUGUGAUUGCUUCCAUGCUGUCAUGUUUGUUGUGUGCUAUAUAUAUAUUAUUAUAUACUUUGAAUUUUAAUGCAUAUUUUAUUUCCUGAAA